AUGUGGAAAGCAGGGAUUCAAGUGGAGGGUGAGCUAGAGGGAGCGGUGGAGAGAGCUGUGAAGAGGUUAAUGAUGGAUGAAGAGGGAGAAGAGAUGAAGUUGAGAGCUCUAUGUUUGAUAGGGACACUCAAAGUCUAUGUUUUCGCUGGAGCCAUAGACAGUUCUCGUGGUCGUCACCGGCUUGACGGUAGCUUUCGUUCUCGCCUCCUUCUGGGCAAAAUUCAGUAUCCUUCAGCACUUUAA